UUUUCUUGAAGAGAGAAGGUCCAAAAAGCAUUCAGAUUCGGGUGCGACCGUGGGCAGUGUGGUGACCAAUGUCUAUAAUAAAGAGAGAAUAUCAUCAGUACAACGACCCCCAGAUCACCAUUUUGACCAUCAUGGCGGUCCCAGUCAGGUUACAGUGCAGAUAGAGGCGGAGGAUGACAAUUGCCCGAUAUGUAUGGACACAUUCACUCAGAAAACAACACUGGACCGUUGCAGACAUAGCUUUUGCAAGGAUUGCCUAGAGAGGGCGCUUGCUGUACAAAACAAGUGUCCCAUCUGUGGAGAUCUGCUGGGGGAACAGCGAGGGAACCAACCCGACGGAUAUAUAGACUUUAGCUACGACCACGGGUCUUUGCCAGGCUACGAGGGCUACAAGACAAUCGUUAUCAAAAUAAUAUUCCCCGACGGGAUUCAACAGGAGGAUCACCCCCAUCCAGGUUAUCCAUACAAAGGCACCAGGCGUACGGCUUUCUUACCUGAUACCGCUGAGGGCCGUGAAGUCAAAGAGCUUUUAAGGAGGGCAUUCGCCGCCAAACUCCUUUUCACUGUGGGCCGGUCUGUCACCACUGGGAAAGACGACACCGUGGUGUGGAAUGAUGUGCACUUUAAGACGAAUCGUACUGGAGGACCACAGAGGUAUGGUUAUCCAGACCCAACUUAUUUGUCAAGAGUAAAAGAAGAGCUGGCUGCUAAGGGUAUAAAGUAACGGGAAAGUCAAAAUUAUGCAUCUUCAGGGCAGAUACUAACUGUAAUUCACUUACUGUCUGAAACUUCUUGCACGAAAUGGUUAAUGUAUUAUGUGUGUGACGAACAGAAGUUGAGAGAAAAUAUUUGGACUGGCUUCGGUUGUGUUCAUAAUGAACCUGUGUAUUCAAAGUUUUUUUUUUUUGAUUAUUGAUUGUUGUUGAUUAAGGUAAAAUCUGUUAAAGUUACCCCCCACCCACCUCCCCAACCCCGUCAAUUCCAUGAGCUGCUUAUCUUGCAUGUUUUUAUCUUUAAACUAAUUUUCAAUAUUCUAAAGGCAUAGACGGUAUUUCGUCCUGUUUCUAAAUAUAUUGCAAUUUUAACUGACAACUGUUUAAAUAUGUUACAUUAAAACGUUUUAACUAAAUACGUUGUGAAAUAGAUAAUUAUUAGUAAAUUGAGAUACUGGUAGAAGGAUGUGAACUGUGCAUCAUGGGAGUUGUACUUCGUAAAUUGUGCUACAUGUACAUAUCAAUUAAACUUUAAGUUCCUAAGUUGCGAAAUAUAUAUAAUUUUUGCCAAUACAUGGUAUCCAAAUUGAAAUAGACAAACGUAAACUGCUAUUAUGAAGCACUGCAACCAGUAAUUUCAUAAGGUACAUGUUGUAAAUUGUGAUGCGUCGUCUUUAUCAAUUAUGUCUAAAGUGUCAUCUCGUAGAUGCUAAUAUAUCGUGUGAAAUACUGAUCAAUAGCGAAAUUAACAAAUAAUACAAUCUAUUACAGCAUAUCUUUGUUUGUUUGUUUUGUAUAACAGGCGUGUACUGGAGAGAAAGAGAGAGAGAAAGGAGGGCUUUCAGGAAAAAUGAAACUUCGACAAAGGUCACAAAGGAAGCGAGACACAUGACUACUAAGACCUCGGUCCAUGACAUUUUAUAUUUUAAAGCCUUAUCUAAGUAUACGGUUGGUUUAAAAAAAGACACAGUGCCUAUUAGCCUUUUCGCUGCUUCCUGAACACUGAUAUGAUAAAGAAAGAAAAGAAAGAGAAAAGUAGCGGGGGAGGGAAGUAUUUACUUUUGUUUCUGUUUUUUCCCAUUUCUGUGAAUGAACAUUUUGUCCAACAUGUUCUUCCACCGUAUUUUAUAUAGGUGGCAGGCGAGACAAGUGUCAGGAGGACGGGAGGGAGUCUCACAACAAUCAAAAAGGGGGCGCAAUUUGCGAGCACUUUAUUCAUAAAACGUCCGAACAGAAAACGAACGGAAAAAGAAACUGGACUAAAGCCAUACUUAUCUCAACCCUGCAUGUCGCUGAUUUUAUAUUGUACCGCCGUGGAACCCAAAACGACUCUUCGAGUUAUCUUUUAACAGUGAAGUUCAGGUAGAGCUCUGUGCUACUACUGUUUUUUAUGCACAGUAAACCAUGUACAGAAUUACCUCCUUGGCUUAGUUAAUAAAAAUCAAAUUUCUAUUACUAGAGUCCCUCCCGUAAUGGAAAUAGACUGACGAAUUUCAAUCGUGAAAUUUGAAGUUUAGAACUUAAACACGGGUUUACAUAUUGGACUUAUCUCAGCGGUUUUGGAUGAGGGUAAAUAUUGUUGAUGAAGUGAAAGCUGCUGAAAUUUCCAGAAUUUCUCUUUAUAAAGGUCUAAUGCGCACUUAAUUUUUCAAAAAUUGUUCAUUAGUUGAAAGAGAGUGAAAUCAUUUCAUUUGCUGGGCUCAAACUGACGACUGUUACUCAAAAAUUUAAAAUUCAAAUCGACAUUAGGAAAAUAUCAACUUAUCAAUGUAAUCUUGACCAUUUAUUAUUUCAUUGUAUAAAAGAAUGAGCUCACUCACAAGACCAAUAGAUUGAGGCUACUUUUAUAUCUUUAUAAACAAUUUCCUAAAGGGACUUAAUCUUAAAAAUGUACAAAAAGACACGAAUAAAAUUUCACUAUCGUUAAAAUAUUUAAGUAAACUAUUAUAACUUCAAAAUGACCUUUUGAGCUCAUCACUUUUGUCUUACGAUAAUUAGUCAAAACAAGCUUUAAAACGAUUUUUCUGCACUAGUAAUUUUCCAUAAAACUCACAUUAUUCAUAUUAGAAUACCUUGCUGCAUUCCCAAAGAAUACCGCCUACAAAUGACGUUGGCCUAUAGCACUGUACCUACGAUCUUUAAGUCGACGCCCAACCGCUUACUAAAGAACAAU